UAAUAAAAAAUAAUAAUAAAAAAAUGGGGAUAAUUUGAUGACACUCCCUGCCUGCCACUGGUGAUUUUUCAUUAUAUCGACUCUCCAGCAGAGACCGCGCCUGCGCUCCUGCUCCCUUCCCGAACAAGGCUUCACCAAUCCUGGCUCUGGCUCCAUCCCCGGCUCGGCGUCCCACAGGCCAGCGCUAAUAAGUCGCCUGAGCUGUCCAGUAAUGGGGAAGUGAUAGGAGGGGAGAGACGCCGCCGCUCGUGUGCGUGUGGAAAGCCGUGAGGAAGUUGAGGAGGAGGAGGGAAAAACGCAGCUCCACGCCGCGCCGGACCGGACAGCUCCACGGAGACACAUCCUACAGUUGCUGUUGUUGAGUAGCCUAAAAAAAAAAAAAAAAAAGAAAAAGAAAAAAGAGAGAAGCGCAUAGUGAUGGAGAGAAAGCGUCCUGGUAUGCCGUCUGGAGCGAGGAUGCCCCACCAGGGAGCUCCCAUGGGCCCCCCCGGCCCACCGUACGGAGGGAGCCCCGCGGUGCGGCCCGGCCUGCCCUCCCCGGUGAUGGAGCCCAGUCGUAAGAGGCCUGCCCCCUCCCAGCAGGUCCAGCAGCAGCAGCAGCAGCAACAGCAGCAGCAGCAGCAGCAGGCCGUCCAGAACCGAGCCAGGAAGAAGCCAGUCGGAUUCCCGGGAGCCAAUGAGAUGCCGGCGAGGCAGAUGGACAUGAGAGAGCCCCAGUCAGAUCCCACGCUCGGAUCAAAUGCUAAGAGAAGGAAAAUGGCAGACAAGAUUCUUCCGCAAAGGAUCCGUGAGCUGGUGCCGGAGUCUCAGGCCUACAUGGACCUGCUGGCGUUUGAGCGCAAACUGGACCAGACCAUCAUGCGUAAACGUGUGGACAUCCAAGAAGCACUGAAGAGACCAAUGAAGCAGCAAAAGCGUAAACUGAGGCUUUACAUUUCCAACACCUUCAACCCUGCCAGACCCGACGCUGACGACUCGGAUGGCAGCAUUGCAUCAUGGGAGCUGCGAGUGGAGGGGAAGUUGCUGGAUGACCCGGGGAAACAGAAGAAGAAGUUCUCUUCAUUUUUUAAGAGCCUGGUGAUCGAGCUGGACAAAGACCUGUACGGUCCGGACAACCACCUGGUCGAGUGGCACCGUACGCCCACCACCCAGGAGACGGACGGCUUCCAGGUGAAGCGGCCGGGAGACGUGAGCGUUCGCUGCACGCUGCUGCUGAUGCUGGACUACCAGCCUCCCCAGUUUAAGCUGGACCCUCGCCUGGCUCGACUGCUCGGCAUUCACACUCAGACUCGCUCCUGCAUCAUUCAGGCCCUCUGGCAGUACGUGAAGACCAACAAGCUGCAGGACUCCCAUGACAAGGAGUACAUCAACUGUGACAAGUACUUCCAGCAGAUUUUUGACUGCCCUCGACUGAAAUUCUCUGAGAUCCCUCAGCGCCUCACCAACCUCCUCCUGCCCCCCGACCCCAUCGUCAUCAACCAUGUCAUCAGCGUGGACCCCAACGACCAGAAGAAGACGGCCUGCUACGACAUCGACGUGGAGGUUGAAGACCCUCUGAAGAGCCAGAUGAGCAGCUUCCUCCUCUCCACGGCCAACCAGCAGGAAAUUGCUUCACUCGACAACAAGAUCCAUGAGACCAUCGAGUCCAUCAACCAGCUGAAGAUCCAGAGGGACUUCAUGCUCAGCUUCUCCAGAGAUCCCAAGGGCUACAUCCAGGACUGGCUCAAAUCCCAGAGCCGAGACCUUAAGUUAAUGACAGACGUGGUGGGGAACCCUGAAGAGGAGAGGAGGGCGGCGUUUUACCACGAACCCUGGUCCCAGGAGGCCGUCAGCCGCUAUUUCUACUGCAAGAUCCAGCAGAGGAGACAGGAGCUGGAACAGGCCUUAGCGGUGCGCAACACCUAAAGCAAAGGCCCUCCUGAAUUUCUGCAUCCGAUUUCAGAGCCGCGUGCGUGUUUGGAUGUGUGUGAGGCCGUCGCUGCAGUCUGGUGAAACCUUAAACCUCUGAAAAUACAGCAGUGUGAAAAAAGCAAGUACAAGAAGAUGUUUGUGAGAUACUUCUUUGAAACAGCGCCCACAGACAAAGGUGAGAUACUCAAACAUAUGGCACAUAAAACUGAGAUUUUGUAGUAAUUCUCCUGAUUUGAAUAGUUAAAAAACAAGGAAAAAGUGAGGACAUACAACCAGGUCCAUCAAAUGAUUAGACCCUCUUCAGGAAGUGACUAAAACUUGUCUUAUUUAAACCUUUAAUAUCAUGGGUCUACUGUUCUCUUUGUUAUUGAGGUGCUAAGAUCUAAACAGCUCUCUAAGACCUUCAGAAAAUGGGUUGUGUAUCUCCAAAUUGUUUUAAAUUAGUCGUUCCACUUUAAGAAAAAUCACCUACAAGUGGCAUGGUUUUCAGAUGACUGCCAGUUUGUCCUGGACUCGCCACCUCUGGAGAAAUCAUCCUAAGAACAGAGCGUUUAAUUUAAAAAAAAAAAAAAAAAAAGACUCCAAGCAACCAAAAGUUUCAUCACAGGAUCUGCAGGUAAAUAUCUGCAACUGUUGGUGUCAAAGUGAUGCGUCCACAAUCAGAGAUUACACAAAUUUGACCUGCAGGGGAGGCAGGCCAUGAAAAAAAAGCUUUUUCUAUCCAAGAGGAACAUUAGAGCAGAAAUAGUUUUCGACAGCAAACAUAGAGGCAAAGAUCAGGGUUUUUGGGAGAAACGUGCACCGGACAGAAGAAUCAAAGAUAGAGCUGUUUGGAUACGUUUGGUGCAAACCAAAGACAGAUUUCCAGGAGAAGAACCUCAUGGAAAUGUUAUAGUUUACCAAUAUGAAGCCUGUAUGAACCUUUCAACGGGAUAAUGAUCCUCAGCACACGGCAACAAACCCACCAAUAAAUGUCUUAAAAAGAAGAAAUGAAGUGGCCAAAUUAAAUCUCACAUUUAAAUCCCACCGAAAUGCUGUGGAGGGAUCCAAAACAGGCAAGAAAACCCUCAAAUAUUUUGCCACUGAAGGGAUUUUGCACCAAAAUGGCGGACAAUUAAGCAAAACAAGAAGUUAUUUCUGCUAAAGGGGGUGAAACUAGCUUCUGGUGCCACGGGUGCACUUACUUCUACCAUAGAGAAGUAUUAAUUAUGAUAAGUUUGCUGAUUUUCUUUGCAAUUGCAUUCAAGUACAUCCACCUUUAUAUGUAGACGCUGUAUUAAUUGGGUCAAAAAAGCCAACAUGUUACACGAGAUGUUCUUUUUUCACACAACUGUAUUAACUAGCGGGUAAAUCUAGCAGCUAGCAGCAAGGGUGGAGGUUUCAAUGCACACAUGCAUCUGUUCGUCUGACUGUGGAGACGUUAAAAUCAUGUUUUCAGCCCUCAGAGGUCGAGUCUUUCUGCUCUGUAAAUACGUCGCCAGAAAACUCAUUCAAAGUCAACCGGCUGCUCACACACACUCUCAAACACGCCGCUGUGUUUCCAGACUCUCAUCUCAAAGCAGACAGAAAUGUAAUUUCUCGCAGCGCUCUGGAUGAGUCUUCACAUUUUCUGUUCUCCAAAUAAGGUUUUUUUUAAUUAUUUUUUAUUAUCUGGGUACGGGGUCGGGGGUGUGAUUCUAAGUGUGGCUGUGUGCGUUUUUUCAUUUGUUCUCAUUAGGGGAGUGUUUCUGAAAGGUUGAUUAAUUACACCAGCAACAUCGAGAUUACAGUGCGACACAUUGGGAGGCUGUCUGUGGACUCCAUUCAACCUCCAGUGUGUUUCAUCCACCAGAAAAAAAAAUAACAGUAUUAGUUACCGGGACUUGAAGUAUUAUCAGCUCUGUGUCUGUUCAUAGUGUUUUAAUGAAGGAGAAAACAAGUAUUGAGCAUCAUAAAAACAGCUUUUCUUCCAUUAAUCGUCGCAAAACAACCGUGUCGGGCCUUGUCGACUGAUUUUCUUCUGUCACAGUCACUCACUGCCUCUCUCUCGUGUAGUCUUUUUGCCAGUUUUAUGUCCUGAAGGUGUUACCAAAGGUUGCAACAAAUAAGAAGAGAACAUGAUCACUGAAGCAGAAGCGGGCGGAAAUCCAGACCUGGGCUUAAAUUGCAAAAAUGCCCUUUUCAGAUGAACCUGAACAGACAAAAAUGCUUUUCUUAACCCCUGAAACUGUUAUUCCAAUGAUGGAUUAAGCCCAGGUCUGCGGGGUUUUGUCCAUUUCUGCGUUUUUUUAUGUUACACAAAAAAAGAAAAAUGAAGUUUUUUUUCUUUUCUAGAGAUGUGAAUGUAAAUAUGUGGGUUUUUUUCCCCCUUAUGAGGGCCAACUGUACAGUAUACGACAGACUGUGUGUGUUUGUUUUGGGGGGAUUCGGGGAGGGGGUGCGGUAUGGGAGCUCCAUGAGUUUUGAAUUAGUAGGGCAGGAAUGUUAGUGUUCCUCUGUGUACUAUCUUGGGUCGGGGUGGUUUAUUUUAGGUCCAUCCCGUGUCCAUCGUGGGAGCUGGAAGCUGCAACAAAGAGAGACCUCCCUCACUUUCAGUCUCAGUAGCUGUAACACAUGAUAUAAUCUGCACCGGUCUCAUUUUACACCGUUUUUUUUUUUUUUUUUAAAUGACACUUGACUUGUAUGUAUAUGUUGUUAUGUCAGAUGGAGGACUUUUUUCUCUGCAGUUUCUAGAUGGAACCUUCUCGGGGGUUUCUUUGCACUGUGCUGUAACUCUUUUGUCGGGACUCUCUUCGUCAAGGGUGAGACCCUCUUUAUUAUCCAGCAUACACGAGAAGUGAUUGGACGUUUUCACGAUGACCUAUGCAUGCUCCAUGGACAUUAAUUAACACAUCCGAUGGGACAGUCUGUGUAAAUAUACAACGCUGGCAUAUAGCAGUCUGUGUGGCGAGACUCGUCGCACUUGUCGAAAUGCCUUCUGGAAACUUUUUUGCCAAAAAUGACAUGCCCUACCAGCAACUAACUGUAGGUGUGAUUUUUCUGAGCUGUGUUUUUGUUACUAGGACGAAGUUAUAUUAACUGCACUCUUUAGAGGAGAAACAGUAGUCAUAGGUAGUAUCUUGGUCCUGUGUCUGACCCCGGAGUGAUUUUUCUUUGUAUGGCCAGGGCAUUCAGAUUGUCGUCAUGAUUCACUAGCACCCUCUUGUGGAGGAAACUAGAAGCCGCAGCUGGUCAGCUUUGAGCUGCACGACAUCAGAACAACCUGACAAAGUGUUAACAAACUACUGUCUUCUGUUACUAAACCCUGGCAUACUGUUGACUUGUUUGUCCCGAACCCUGCAUGUGUUUCUGAAGAGUGGGAGCUGCUCUUUCUCUCUGUUUACACUGUUGUCAGAGGGUCACCGACAGGAAGAUUAUAGCAUACAUAAUACUGUGUGUCUGUAAAGAGCAAAACUUGUUGGGUGAUUACAUUCUGUGGAAAAAGGGAAAACAGCUGUGACACUGCGAGACAGCCUGGAUGUAAAUAAAGAAGCGCUUGCCAAAGUUUGUAAAUGCCACAA